AGCCGGGGGUAGAGGCGCCAGGAGCAGCUGCCGGGAGCCUCAAGCAGACCGCGCACUCUAUGGCCAUAGGGAGCCGCUGAGAGCCAGAAGAGCACGCUCCCGCCGCCUGCUGCGCCGCACGCCCUCCUGCGCCUCUCUGCCCGCCCGGCCCGGCCCGCGCCUCCCGCCACCAUGAACCACUCGCCGCUCAAGACCGCCCUGGCGUACGAGUGCUUCCAGGACCAGGACAACUCCACGCUGGCCCUGCCGUCCGACCAGAAGAUGAAGACCGGCACGUCGGGCCGGCAGCGCGUGCAGGAGCAGGUGAUGAUGACGGUCAAGCGGCAGAAGUCCAAGUCUUCCCAGUCGUCCACCCUGAGCCACUCCAACCGAGGUUCCAUGUACGACGGCCUGGCCGACAAUUACAACAACUACGGCACCACCAGUCGGAGCAGCUACUUCUCCAAGUUCCAGGCAGGAAAUGGCUCGUGGGGCUAUCCGAUCUACAAUGGGACCCUCAAGCGGGAGACUGACAACAGGCGCUUCAGCUCCUACAGCCAGAUGGAGAACUGGGGCCGCCACUACCCCCGGGGCAGCUACAACACCACGGGUGCGGGCAGCGACAUUUGCUUCAUGCAGAAGAUCAAGGCCAGCCGCAGCGAACCUGACCUCUACUGCGACCCCCGGGGCACCCUGCGCAAGGGCACACUGGGCAGCAAGGGCCACAAGACCAGCCAGAACCGCUACAGCUUCUACAGCACCUGCAGCGGUCAGAAGACCACCAAGAAGUGCCCUGUGCGCCCGCCCUCCUGCACCUCCAAGCAGGACCCGGUGUACGUGCCCACCAUCUCCUGCAACAAGGACCUGUCCUUCGGCCACUCGAGGGCCAGCUCCAAGAUCUGCAGUGAGGACAUUGAGUGCAGUGGGCUGACCAUCCCCAAGGCUGUGCAGUACCUGAGCUCCCAGGACGAGAAGUACCAGGCCAUCGGGGCCUACUACAUCCAGCACACCUGCUUCCAGGACGAAUCCGCCAAGCAGCAGGUCUACCAGUUGGGCGGCAUCUGCAAGCUGGUGGACCUCCUGCGCAGCCCCAACCAGAAUGUCCAGCAGGCGGCCGCGGGCGCCCUGCGCAACCUGGUGUUCAGGAGCACCACCAACAAGCUGGAGACCCGCAGGCAGGGCGGGAUCCGCGAGGCCGUCAGCCUCCUGAGGCGGACAGGGAGCACCGAGAUCCAAAAGCAGCUGACCGGGCUGCUCUGGAACCUGUCGUCCACUGACGAGCUGAAGGAGGAGCUAGUGGCCGACGCCCUGCCCGUCCUGGCCGACCGUGUCAUCAUCCCCUUCUCCGGUUGGUGCGACGGCAACAGCAAUGUGUCCCGGGACGUGGUGGACCCCGAGGUCUUCUUCAACGCCACAGGCUGCCUGAGGAACCUGAGCUCGGCGGACGCGGGGCGUCAGGCCAUGCGCAACUAUGUGGGGCUCAUCGACUCCCUGAUGGCCUACGUGCAGAACUGCGUGGCUGCCAGCCGCUGUGACGACAAGUCAGUGGAGAAUUGCAUGUGCAUCCUGCACAACCUCUCCUACCGCCUGGACGCGGAGGUGCCCACGCGCUACCGCCAGCUGGAGUACAACGCACGCAACGCCUACACCGAGAAGUCCUCCACUGGCUGCUUCAGCAACAAGAGCGACAAGAUGAUGAACAACAACUACGACAUCCCCCUCCCCGAGGAAGAGAGCAACCCCAAGGGCAGCAGCUGGCUCUACCACUCGGAUGCCAUCCGCACCUACCUGAACCUCAUGGGCAAGAGCAAGAAAGACGCCACCCUGGAGGCCUGUGCCGGUGCCCUGCAGAACCUGACGGCCAGCAAGGGCCUGAUGUCCAGCGGCAUGAGCCAGUUGAUCGGGCUAAAGGAGAAGGGCCUGCCCCAAAUCGCCCGCCUGCUGCAGUCUGGCAACUCGGAUGUGGUGCGGUCGGGGGCCUCUCUGCUGAGCAACAUGUCCCGCCACCCCGCGCUGCACAGGGCCAUGGGGAACCAAGUGUUCCCAGAAGUGACCAGACUCCUCACCAGCCACACCGGCAACACCAGCAACUCCGAAGACAUCCUGUCGUCGGCCUGCUACACCGUGAGGAAUCUGAUGGCCUCGCAGCCGCAGAUGGCCAAGCAGCACCUGAACGGCAACGUGCUGCACAACCUGGUCAACCUGUGCCGCGGCAGCACCUCGCCCAAGGCUGCGGAAGCUGCCCGGCUCCUCCUGUCUGACAUGUGGUCCAACAAGGAGCUGCAGGGCGUCCUCAGACAGCACGGCUUCGACAGGAACACGCUGGGGACCCUGGCCGGGGCCAGCAGCCUCCGGAACUUCACCUCCAGGUUCUAGGAAGAGGAGGCUGCGCGCAAGUUCAGCUGGCAGGGACGUGACCCAGUGGAGAAGACCUCAGGCCUUGCCAGAUGGGUCAUUCUGUCCACCCUGUGCAGUAUUUGGAAAAGUUCAGAGCGACCUGAAGACUGUGGAUGAUGGAAAGAUUUUUAGAUUCUUUUUUUCCUAGGGGGACCU